UUCACUUUUUGCAAAUACUUCAGUUCAAAAUGUUAAAGUUUCUGAUUUUAUCAACGGCACUUGUUGCCUGUGCCUUGGGAGCUGCAGUCCCCGAGGGCAUGUUGCCCCAAUUAGAUGGACGCAUUGUAGGCGGUUCCCCUACCACUAUUAAUAGCUAUCCUUGGCAAAUCUCUCUACAACGUAGUGGUGCCCAUUCCUGCGGCGGUUCCAUCUACUCGCCCUACAUUGUCGUAACUGCUGCUCACUGCUUGCAAUUCGCCACCUCUAGCGCUCUAAAGGUGCGCGCUGGUUCUACCACUUGGAAUGCUGGUGGCACUUUGGUCUCAGUGGCUGCUUUCAAAAAACAUCAAGGAUACAGCAUUGUAAGCAUGAUGAAUGACAUUGCUGUUCUCCGUUUGAGCUCCUCGUUGACUUUUGGUCCUACCAUUAAACCCAUUGAGUUGGCUACUAAGGCUCCUGCUGAUGGCGCUAUUGCUGCUGUCUCUGGUUGGGGUACUUUGGAAGCCGGAGGCUCUUUUUUGCCAACCACUUUGCAAUAUGUCGAAGUCAGCAUUUUGAGUCAAACGUCCUGCGCUUCUUCCAGCUAUGGCUAUGGUACUCAAAUCAAACCUACUAUGAUCUGUGCCUAUACCGUUGGCAAAGAUUCCUGUCAAGGUGAUUCGGGUGGCCCAUUGGUAUCCGGUGGUGUCUUGGUGGGUGUUGUUUCCUGGGGUAAGGGUUGUGCUGAGCAAAAUUAUCCUGGUGUAUAUGCCGAUGUUGCUGCUCUCCGCUCCUGGGUUAUCGAUACCGCUGCAUCUGUUUAAGAAAAUGUAGGUUAAGUUAAAAAAAAUAAAAUAUAAAUUAUUAUGACAGUAAUAAGUAAAUGAAUUGCUUUAAAAAAAAUGUUUGGCAUA